UUUAAAAUGAAUCUCACCAAUAUAAUCCCUGCCAAAGAAUUUGCAGAGAUAGAUCAAAGGAGCCUCUCUGAGUCACUAGAGGAUUGUGACAUUAGUGAUGAUCUCCUCUCUGAGUCAUCUCCCCAAGUUUUACGUCAACGUAGGCCCACUAUAAGUAAGCCUAAAAGCAAGUUUUGCAAGUCAAAAAGAGCAGUUUAUCAAAAAUAUAAUUCUAGACGUGAAAUAGCAUAUGGGCAAAAACUUGAAGGCUUUCAUAAAAUAUCAAAAUCUGCUGAAUAUCAGCAAAAACAGAAUCGAAAAGAUUCCGCUUUCUUCAGAUCAAAUGAUGACCUUGCUGAGAAAUCAUCCACCAACUUGAAGUCUGACAUUAGUAGUCUUCUACAGCUACUAAUCCGCAAGAAGAGAGAUAAGCAAAACACUGCAGAAUCUAUUAAUCCAAGAAGGAGAAUAUCCCCUGUAGAAGCUAAGAAGGCAAGCCUAUUCCAGCAAUAUGACAAUUAUCUAUUGACAAUGGGGGAUCUACAAAAAACAGAAGAUACAGCAAACAUGUUUAUUGCUAAACCUCCACAGUUCAAAGAUUAGGGAUCCUAAACUUUGGCUUGGAAUAAGUUAUCUCAAAGCUCAGUAUGAGUUCAAGGAAAGAUACACAAAUAAUUUUUUCCUAAAAUAUAUUAUACAUAUCCUG